AUGGCUUAUUUCAGCUUCCUCAUACUGACCUCCCUGUGUAUUGCGGGCCGAGAGGCCCUCAGCAUAUCUGACUGUGGAGUGUUCGCCAGGCGACCUGAAUACACUGAUAUCUCUGUGGUGUGCGGUACAUCUGCCAUCGACCUGGCCAUUCAAAUCUGCCCGGUUGUCUACACUGGAUACAACGCGAGCCUACUUAUCCUCAACCGCAUUCGGGACAAUAUGGACUGUCAGGGGACGCUGGACACUUCAGUGGCUCCUCCUGUGCUGAGAUUCAGCUUCCCCAUCAGAGAAGGAAACGCCUGUGGGAGCAACUUCUUGACCACGAGUGCACCGGGGACAGGAAUAUUCUCAGACUUCUCCGACAUCCAGACGGUGAAUGUCAGCGGAGUGAUCCGAUCCUUUGACCCCACCAUGGGGACCAUCACCUACAAUGCAGAGCUUAAGUAUUAUUAUUCCUGUGCUUACCCACUGGAGUAUCUCGUUAACAACACCCAGGUGGAUGUGUCUUCCUCCUCCAUUGCACUGAAGGACAACAAUGGGAGCUUCAUCAGCACCCUCAGCAUGGCCUUGUAUAAGGAUGUAAAUUAUACCACCCCCCUCGUCAUUCCACGUCUUGGCGUCGAACUGAGAACAAAUAUCUAUGUGCAGGUGGUGGCAUCAAACCUGACAUCCCAGUACUUUGUUCUCCUGGAUCGAUGCUACGCCUCAACAAACGCACAGCCGUCCAACUCCACCUUCUUCAACUUGUUUGUCUCGUGCUCCAUAGAUCAGCUCACCACCAUGCUGGAAAACGGGGAUAGCCAAAAGGCACGCUUCUACUUCCCGGCGUUCCGCUUCAUCGAGCAGCAGAAUGAGACCAUCUCAACCUACUAUCUGCACUGCAUCACCCGACUCUGUGAGAGCAGCACCUGCAGCACCUUCAAGCAAUGCAACAGGAAGCGGAGGAAUGUGGAGACCACGGUGGUUCAGGAGAGCAUCACUGAGCCGUCGGUGCUCACAGUAGCUAUAAGGGCCAAGACAGACACCCCCAUUCUCUCCAAAGAUGAGGCGCUGUCUGGUGGCCAAUCUGAUGACAGUCGGGCGUCUGUUGGCCUGGGAAUUGCUGUGGCUGUCCUCAUUGUGAUAGGGGUGGCCGCCAUUUUAAUGGCGGCAUCUUUUUAUAGAAAACUGAAGCAGUUAAGCUAGCAGCGGCCCAAUAAAUGUUGAUGAGGGGAGGUCAGUACAGGCUAAAUGAUAUAAUGAGUUUGACAGGGUGACAUUCACAUACUGGUGGAGGUACAUUAUGUAUGUAUGUAUGUAGGACUCCUGUGUACUGAAUCAAACUAUUGAUUGGAGCACUGGAGCACUUAAUGUUUCUUUCCAAUCCCUCAGGGACUGUUAGACUUUAUGGAAGGUGAUGUCUGAAUAAAGCACCUUUCAUAAUAGCAUGGUAAUAAGGAAAGACAGAAAGAUAUAAAGGAGGAAGUAGAGUUAUUCUGUUGGGAUCUUAUAGGUAUAGUUUGACAUUCUGGAAAUAAAACAAUUCCUGGUCCUACCAGAAACAGUUCGAACAUGAGUCACAAUAAAAUGGUGCAUUUCCAUGUAAAUCUUUUAUUUUUACAUGUUAAACAAAAAUGUUGUAAAGUAUUAAAUUGUGAAGCUUUUUAAGUUCUGGUUGGUGACUUUUUUUUUUUUACCUUUGGAGAGGGCCAUGCUAGCUGUUUCCCCCUAUGUCCAGUUGCUUAGAAUAAACUAAGCUAGGCUAACGAGCUGCUUCAUAAAGUUAGUUUACAGUCACAAUAUUACUGACCAUGUCUUAACAAUCAGGUGAUUAAUUGUAUUUUCCACAAUGUCAACCUUUUCCUUUCACUAACAGAGUCAAAGAAAAAAAUAAUGUAAAUAAGUUUGACCUUUACAUGUUUGUCUAAAAAUUAAACUGGAUUCAAUGACAGUGACUCAUCUUUGGGUUCAAGUACUUCAUUUGACAUCCAUACCAUGAUUAGAUAUGUGCAUCUGUGAGGGAAUAAGGAACAUCAAUGACAGACAGCAGAUUGCAUAAGAAUUUCUGCUGACUUUUGAUGGCCUUGCUGACUUUUCACAUGUAAACUGUAGAAGAUGCAUGUGUUAUGAAUUAAAACCUAUAGAUGCAAAUUAAGUUUCUCAUUACCCUGCAUUCUGUUGGUUGUCAUACAGACUACAUGCAUUAGGUUUUAAGGAUCCUAAGAGAAUAAGCAGGUGAUUUCAGUUAUUUAUUUGCAAAAAAAAAAAGUUUGUCUUUGAAGAAUCCAAGCCUGCCUCCUAUCAGGGGUACUCAGUCAUAUUUAAUACUUGAAAUGAUGUAUAAUUCACUCUGGCAACUGAAAGUUUGUAUAUUUCAGCAAAGUGAUAUAUGCUGUUGUGUACAUUUUCAUGUCAAAUAUGCAUGAUUAUUCUGAUUAUUAAAGCUUGCAAGAUAUGAAACAAGGGGUUGUGUCUUCAAACGACAGACACUCACCUGCAGUCCAACACAUGGAGUGAA